GACACAGCAUCCCCACUCAAAUGAAUUCAAAUGAAUUAAAGAGUCUCUUUUCCUAAUGGAGUUUCUACUAAUUACUGCUAUCACUAAUCAAAUCCCUUAGAUUCUAAAACAGUUACCACUACGCUUGAUUGAAAAAAAAAGAACAUAUAUAUAUAUCGAAGAAGUCGUUUUGUGAAGUAAACUUUAGAAUGGCGGUACUGCAGAAAUCGGCGGUUCUGUAUCACUAUCCCUGCCCCGACGGCGCCUUCGGUGCAUUGGCGGCCUACCUAUACUUCUCUCAUGCUCCGGCCUCCACUCCUCCUCGCUUCUUUCCCAACACCGUCUACUCUCCUAUCAGAGCUGAGGACUUGCCCUUGAAUGAAAUUGAUACUGUUUACCUUCUGGACUUUGUGGGGCCGCCAGGUUUCGUCGAGCAGCUCUCUCGUAAAGUUGGAAGGGUUGUAGUCCUGGAUCAUCAUAAGACUGCACUCGAGUUGUUGGGUUCGGGGACAUCAACUAAUGGGAAUGUGACUAAAGUGAUAGACAUGGACAGGAGUGGAGCUACUAUAGCUUAUGAUUAUUUUAAGGAGAAACUCUUGUGUGGGGACAUCAACAGUGAUACCAAUGGUGCCAUUGCUGAAUUCCGGAGAGUGAGGAGACUAGUUGAAUAUAUUGAGGAUGGUGAUUUGUGGAGGUGGCACCUUCCAAAUAGUAAAGCAUUUAGUAGUGGAUUGAAGGAUUUGAAUCUUGAAUUUGAUGUCACAUUAAAUCCCUCCCUGUUCCAACAGGUAACUCGUAUUCUACACUUUCUAAACUGGCAACUAGAAGCUGUCAAUGCGGAUUCCAUCCAGGAACUAAGGAGUGAGCUUGGAAAUCAAUUAGCUCUUAAAAGCCUCAAAAUGAACCUGAGGGGAAUUGGAGCUGUUGUAUACAGAGUUCCUGAACUUGAGAAUGACUCACGGUUGAAAAUUAGCCUAAGGAGUGUUCGUGAAGAGGACACUACACCCAUAUCACAGAAAUAUGGAGGUGGUGGACAUCGGAAUGCCAGUUCGUUCAUGUUUGAUAGUGCUGGAUUUCAAAGAUGGAAGGUCUCUGGUAACAACUCUACCUCAGAUAGGCCGAAAAUGGCACCAUUACAAUCAGGCGAAGCUUUCUGCCCGAGUGAAUCCUGAAGAAAAGUAAUCCUGUCCGGGGUUAACUCAUUAAAUAAUUUCAUAUGACUUUGUUUGACUGUACCAUCAUGAAGUUUAACUUAUGACAGAAACAUUAGUUUUUUUCAUCAGAUAUAAAUGUCAACUAGGCUCAACAAUCUAUCUAGUAAUGUCAUUUCAAAUAUGCUUCCUGUUCA